UGUUACCCAGAGCAAAACAUACCCACAAACCAAACCUCUCAAUCUCGCUAUCUCCCUCUCUCAAUCUCGCUAUCUCCCUCUCAAUCUAAAGCUAUUUCCACACAAAUACUCUCAUUCUGCCUCUCAAUCUCGCAAAUACUCUCAUUCUCCCUCUCAAUCUCGCAAAUACUCUCAUUCUCCCUCUCAAUCUCGCGAUCUGCUUCAUUCUCCGUCUCCGUCUCGCUCUCGGUCUCCCUCUCACAAGAUAUGGACCCACAUGGAGCUAUACAGACUUUGUGCACGAGGCAGGAUAAGCAUCGUUCAAGUUUGCUUUUGGAUGCUCAUUUGGAAGGCGAGGAAGUGCCAGGUGUAUUGACUUGUCGUCACCGAGACAAAGGUCUGCUUGAAGGAGGGGUAGAUGGGUUAGAUCUACGAAUUCUCGCUUAUAUCACUGAUGCGGGGUUAGAUGGGCUGCUUCGGGUCCCACAUAUGGACAUUGACCACGCAUUGAUCACAGCGUUGGUGGAGAGAUGGCGGCCGGAGACGCACUCAUUUCACUUGCCCCACGGUGAGAUGACCAUCACACUACAAGAUAUGGAGGCUAUAAUGGGGUACCUGUAGAUGGCUUGCCGUUGGUGGAAUCUAUACCCUCGACG